UUGGCCCUUUCCUUUAUACUCUUGUCCCUCUAUUCACCCCUUUAACCCUCCCUCUCCACCACCACACAGGGAAGGGGAACACCAAAUUUCGGCUCUGUGCAGCCGGAAAACUUAAUCAAAUAGCAGUAAAGCCACGAUAGUUAAUUUCUCACGUGGCCCAACGAGGGAGGCGAGGAUCCUCAGGAUGAAAAAAGAUCCAGAUGACAAGUGGCCACUUCAGGGAGGAGGAAAACUGCAGGCAAACGGUUUUCAGGUGAAAAAAUGAAAAAAUCCCACCGGUCACCAGCAGGGGGAGCCAGCAGCAAGCGAACCAGAGGGCUGGUGAACAGCUGAGCAGAGAACUCCAAUCCGAGCACACCCACACCGCAGAGGAGAGAAGGCAGCAGAGAAGGGAGACGGACGAUCCGGACGAGAGAAGGCCCAGCAGCAGGAACACAGAAGAGGAGACCAGCGUCAGGAACCGGAGCCAGAGGCCAGAGAGGAGCAACAGGAGCCAGCAACCAGCAGCCAGAUCGUUCAGAGACACCGGCAGAGAGAACACUUCUACCUCUAGUGUUUGCACUUUCCCCGGCGUGACGUAAAGGAGGGCGCGUGUCACGUGAUCAGCGGCAGAGGUCGGCGUGUGUUCUAUAUAAGCCGCAAAAGAGGAACAGAAGAAGAAAACGGAUGCAAACGGAAAACCUUACAUUUCUAUCCGUCAUUCAUUGACUUCAGUGUUAAAACAGAAAGCCGCACUUCAGUCAAAAAUAACAGAAACCUGACGGAAUGGAGUCAAACUCAACAUAAAGGAUUGCACCGGUGAAAGGAAAAUGAAGAGGAGUGUGUUACAGCGGAUAGAGCGAGUCCUCCAGCUUCACAGUCUUUGCCGACAGCUGAAUCCCCUGUGCCCCAGAAGUCUAUCUACCAGACAAUGGAGAUCAGCGCUGUUCCCUCCUCAGUCCUUGGCUGCCGUUCACCACCGACCUCAAACCAGAAACUUCUUGGAGACAGCCGCGCAGCAGUGCAGGUUCUUGUCUGCUAGGAAGGAGAAGGAACAGAAGAAAGAGAAGUUGCAGCCAAUCAAGGUUAAAGAGCAGAAGAAGCUGGUGGAGGUGUGGUCCAAUAUGACCAUUCGUGAAUUGGCCAAAGCCAUGGGUAGAGAUAUUGACGACAUUUAUGAAACUCUAAUGUACUCCGACUUUGACGUGGACAAUUUAAAACCAUCUUCGGCACUAACUCCAGAGAUGAUUAAGGCAACCAUAAAGAAGUCUGGCAUGAAACACAUGUAUAUGGAGAAGAAAGAAGAAAAAAUUGUGGAAAAUAAAGAUGCAGUGAAAAGAGGUCCCGCAGACCCUUCUCUUCUGGUGCCCAGACACCCUGUAGUUACCAUAAUGGGUCAUGUAGAUCAUGGAAAGACGACAUUACUUGACCAACUGAGGAAAUCCCAGAUCACAGCAAUGGAGGCCGGUGGUAUCACCCAACACAUAGGAGCAUUCAGUGUUUAUUUGGCUUCAGGGGACAAGAUCACUUUUCUUGACACUCCUGGGCACGCAGCCUUUUCAGCAAUGCGGGAGAGAGGCGCUCACGUGACUGACAUUGUUAUACUGGUAGUGGCCGCAGAUGACGGUGUAAUGAAGCAAACCAUAGAGUCCAUCCAGCACGCCAAGAACGCCAGAGUCCCCGUCAUUCUGGCUAUAAACAAGUGUGACAAACCCGAGGCCGAUGCAGAGAGAGUAAAGAUGGAGCUCCUGUCUCAUAACAUAGUGUGUGAGGAAUUUGGGGGAGAUGUCCAAGCUAUUAAAAUUUCUGCAUUAAAGGGAGAAAACUUGCAGGCGCUAGCUGAAGCUGUUAUCACCCUGUCAGAGAUGUUGGAGCUGAAGGCUGAUCGCACAGGCUUGGUGGAAGGAACCGUCAUUGAAUGUCGCACUGACAAAGGGAAAGGUCCAGUGACCACAGCUAUUGUGCAGAGGGGAACCCUUAAAAAAGGAGCAGUGCUGGUGGCCGGAAAAGCUUGGGCUAAAGUACGGUUAAUGCUGGAUGAAAACAACACUGUGUUAAAUGAAGUGCUACCAAGCAUGCCUGUAGAAAUAGUCGGCUGGAAAGAGCUACCGUCUGCCGGAGACGAAAUCUUAGAAGUGGAAUCUGAGCAACGGGCCAAAGAAGUUGUUCAGUGGAGAACGUACAUCGAGGAACAGGAGAAAAUCGAAAAGGAUAUGGAAGUGAUUGAACUCAAACAGAAGGAACACAGAGAAGCUCACAGGAAGCACCUGGACGCUUUUAUUGGCAUGACCUGGAAACAGAAAAGUGCUGUCUUGUAUAGGACUAAGAAGACUCUCAUGAGCAAGAGACCAUCAGAAACGACAACACUGGAUAAGGUGACAGUCCCUAUUAUUAUAAAAGGUGAUGUUGAUGGAUCAGUUGAAGCCAUUCUCGGUGUAUUGGACACAUAUGAUGCAGAUCACGAAUGUGAACUGGAUUUGGUCCAUUUUGGAAUUGGGGAUAUCAGCGAGAGUGAUGUUGCUCUUGCGGAAACAUUUAGCGCUUCCAUAUACGGAUUCAAUGUCAAUGCCAACAAAUCCAUUCAGCAAACUGCUAGCAAGAGCGAAGUCCCAAUCAAACUUCACAAGGUCAUCUACCACCUCUUUGAUGAUCUUAAAAAAGAACUUAGCAGUAGAUUACCAGAAUUGACAGAAGAGACUGUGAAAGGUGAGGCUUCUGUUCUGGCUUUAUUUGAUGUCUCGGUAGGAAAGAAGACCGUGCAGGUGGCGGGCUGCAGGGUGCAGAAGGGUCUUCUGGACAAGAAGAUGAAGUUUAAGUUAAUCCGUAACAAUAAUGUUCUGUGGGAAGGAUCAUUAACAUCUCUUAAGCACCACAAGAACGAUGUGCCAACAGUAAAGACUGGGGUGGAGUGUGGUCUGAGCCUGGAUCAAGAUGUGGAGAUUAAAGUUGGAGAUGAAAUAAUUUGCUUUGAAGAAAAGACUGUACCUCAGAAAAUAUCUUGGGAUCCUGGAUUCUAAUUUAGUGACAUCUUGGCAUUCUCACAUCGCUUCGGCAUUGCAGUUGAUUUGGACAAACCUGCUAAAAUUUUUUUAAUGAAUUGCUGACCCCCAAAAUGACCUGUGAUGAAGAUUAUGGCUUCAUUUCCCAGUAUAUGAAGUGGACAUCUUUGUUCCCAUCUGCAUCUGAGGACCUUUUGUUCACCAGAAAAUGCAUCAUGGUCUUGUAAACUAUGCUGUAAAAUCUGUCAGAUUUUUAUAUUUAUUUUUGUUAAAAUAAAAUAAAAAAGUAAAAAAAAAAAAGUGUAAAUUAAGAUUUAAGGCUAUAAACUAUUACAGUUCCCUUGUUUUAAUUUAUGCUGCUUGUCCCAUUAUCAUUGUAUUGUGGUAACAGAUUGGCUGCCAUUAAAACAAAAGUGGAGUUGUA